GGUGAGGAAGCUAGUGGAGGAUUUAGAUACAAAAUGGAAUUGGGAGAUAAUAGUAAUCAGUCUCUUAGGCGUUUUGAUAAAAACCAGGGACUGAGCUGGGGUCAAAAGAAAAUGUUACCUGGGACUUGGGCUGAAAACAGUGAUUCUAUUGGGAGAGAGGGAGUUAGGGAUGGCUUUAAAGACUCUCAAUACUCUUCACAGGGCACAGGAUAUGCAAGGAAAGGGGCAGGCCCGGUGUGGCCAAAACCUUUAUAUCAGCCUAAAUCAGUUUCUAAGGUGAUGCACGAUACCGAAACGGCUGCCCAACCUCCUAAAGAACCGGAGUUACGAGAUGAUCAGACCGAUAUGGUGACGGAAGAUGUGCCAGUGAUGCAAGAGAAAAAUCCUUCUGAGGGUUUGAUUUUUUCAGAAAGCACUGACGAUCUUCUGGAGGAUGGAGAAUGUCAUGUAGGUGACGACAUUGACAUUCAGGCUGUGGAGGAAGAAUUGUUGGAGGAUGAAGGAAAGGGGAGCUCUACGGAGGAAUCAAAUGUUCAAAAAGGUAUUUCUCAAAUCUCUGUUGAGUUGCCUGUGUUUAAGGUUAGUCGGAGAUUUAAUCGAAUUAGUCUUGAUGGCAAUAAUAUUCAGAAAAAUAGAAUAUCAAGUUUACAUGGAAUUAAAGGAGUAAAAGGUAGUAAAAAUUAUGCAACGAUUGUGGCCUCACCAGGGAAAAGACUGUUGUCUAAGGUAAUGACUCUUAAAUCUACAGGUGAUGUACACAAACAGAAAGCAGUGGGCAAGAAUAAACCAAAGGAUGGUGCAAAAACGGUUGGUGCAAACCGUUCGUCGAAGAAAGGGAUGGUGGCGCUCCUGAAACCACCGGCAAAUACGUGAAAGUCUUAAGCUGGAACUGUCA